CGCGGAGCCGCGCGAGGAAACUCCGAGCUUUCGGGCUUCGUGUCCCGUUCCAGGCUGGCGGAGGGGGCAGAGGAUCGGACCGGGCUGAGCGGCCAAAAUGCGCGAGGAGGGGGCGAGCCGAGGGGCAGAGCGGGGGCUGUCUCCGCGCCUUCCUGCGCGGGGGAAGGAAGGGCCGGGGCGGGCAGCGGGCGACGCGGCGGAAUGUCUCCCCUCUGCCGAGGCCCACACGGAGAGCGGGAAGUGGGGGGUGGGGGGCCCGGGGAGAUGGACAGGCACCCUGCCCCCCUCCCCGACCGCCGCAUUCCAGGCUGGAGCCGCGGAUGAGGUCAUCCCGUCCGGUUCCCCUCCGGCCAAGACAGCCGGUCGUCCCCUUCCCCCGCGGAGCGACCCUCCGCGUCCUGAGCCCCGUCCCCCCAGGGAAUGUUGGAUGGCCGAAGUCUUUCCCGGACUUCCAAUCCCGGCCGCCCUCCAGAUUGUUCUGCCUUUGCCCCAGCCGUGCCAGACCCGCAACAUUCGAAGCCCUUUUCCUAGACCGGGAAACUGAGGCUUAGAGAGUAGGGGGGACUGGCCGGGAGGCCGCAGCGGCACUAAACGUGGCGCGGGGACCCGAGACGCGGCCCGCAGCCGCUCCGCCUCGCUCGGUCCCGGGCUGGUUCGGCUCUAACUCGGGGCGGUGGGCACGAAGCGCGUCUCCUUUCCACUUUCCCCGUCGCUCCCUAAUGGCCCACGGUGCCCCCCUUGGAAUACGGAGGACCGGGUCCCCUAGCGCGACUGCGAACAACUAGCUACCCCGUUCUGGCCUCAGUUUCCCCGUCUCUCCACCUUGAAGCGUCUGGACUUUGAGGAGCAGGAGAAGCCAGCCGCCCGGGUUAACCCCUUAUCCCAGGGACCAGAGCAGGUUUGGGGGAGCUGCCAUAACCAUGACCGGGACCCGCUGUCCAGCGGUGGGGGGGGCGUCACCCAGCUGGAUGCCCUCAGGAAGAGGGCUGUGUGCACCCGAGCAGUGGCCUCCAGGAUGAGACGUGGGCCCCUGGCCAGCACUGCGGCCUGCGGGUGACCCCCAGGUGAAUGCCAGGGUGCAGCCGCCCCCGCUCUCCUUCAGACCCGCCCUUGGCCUCCCCGCGACCACAUGUGCCUCCACAGCGGCCCCUGUUGGCCCGAUCCCGGCUCCAAAACUUGUUCUUGCGUCAUUCCCACCAUUGAGUGAGCUCAGGCCAUGUGCCCAGGCCCUGACUAUCCUCUAUAGGGUAAAUAUAAGGACUCCAGGGACACUGAAGCUGUGGGGUGACCUCCUUGCCCAGGUCACAGGCAGUGAAUCUGCAGAGCUGGGUCUCCUGUCUUCCCAGGCCUGCACCUCCACCCCACACCGGGCUCAGCACUGGGCAUCCAAGCCUUCCAAAUCCUCUUCCCCAUUCCCCAUCGUCUUCACCCCCACCCUGGGGCAUUUACCAGCAAUGUUGGUCUGUGACUGAGGGUAAAUGUCUCCUUUCUGAGCUUCGUUUUUUCCAUCUGUGAAAGGGGUGUUCUGAACACUAACGGGCGGUGUUCCUGGGCAGGUGAGGGGAGGUGAGCCUGGCACCAGGACACUUGGAGCCCUGCUUACUCCAGUGCCAGGUGAGGCACACCUGGUGGCCAGCAGUGCCCUGUGGUUGGCAGCAAGUGCCACAUGGCUGCCACCGGGGUCCCUGGAAUGAGAGAUGUUAGUGUAAAGGUGUCAGAUUUGAACCCAUGGCUGCCCUGCUCCAGUAUCUGAGGGUUUCAUUACAUUUUCUACCCUUGCAACUCCCCUGGGAGGGGAACUGCCUGGUGUGCUGUUCCCGUUUUCCACAUGGGAAGACCGGGUCCCAAUACCCUGCCCUCAGCUCCACAGCGCUGCAGAGUCUCUCGACCGCAGUAGGCAGGGUAGUGUGAGGGGUGGGUACUAUUGGGGGGGUGCCCAGAAACAUUUGAAAGAUGGGAUCAUCGCAAGAUUGGGGAGGAAGCUGGUCCCCCAAGUCAAAAGUGACCAUGGGGGUUCAGGGGGGGAGGAGCCCCUUUUGCUGGGAGAUGAGGUGCUGCCUCAAGAAGUCAGGGAGGCCAGGUGUGAUGGUUCACACCUGUAAUCCCAGCACUUUGGGAGGCUGAGGCAGCAGGAUGGCUUGAGUUCAGGAAUUUGAGACCAACCUGGGCAAUGGAGUGAGACCCUGUCCUUACAAAAAGUGGAAAAACUUAGCUGAGCAUGGUGGUAUGUGCCUGUAGUCCCAGCUACUCAGGAGGCUGAGGUGGGAGGAUCGCUUGAGCCUGGGAGUUCGAGGCUGCAGUUAGCUGUGAUGGAGCCACUGCACUCAGCCUGGGUGACAGAGUGAGACCCUGCCUCAAAAAAAAAAAAAAAAAAAAGUCAGGGAGCUGGGGUGGGAGCAAGUGAGUAAGGCCACAUGGCAGACCCUUCUACAGGACAUUGUACAGAGGAACACCCUCCCCGCUCCCAUUCCUUCCCCCAGAGAUGCAUCCUUAAUCCCUGCUGAGCAGGGAAACUUGGCCCUGCCAUGAACCUGUCACUUAACCUUGGACAGGUCUCCCUUCCCUCCGAACCUCAGUGCUGCCUGUCAAAUAGGCCAUGCUGCGGCUUUGCAGGGUUGUUGGAGAAUCAGAUGACAUCAUGUAAUGGUUGGCCAACUGUGGAUCGCUUCAGAACUUCAGCAAACAUUCCACGAGGACUUCUCGGUGCCGGGGGUGCCAGGGAGGGAAAAAGAUGAUUCAGAAGUUCCCCCCCACAAGGGGGAGGAGUUAGGGUUGGGGGAGGAUCAGAUGGUGGGAAGGGAAGAGAAUGUAGUCAGAAAACAAAGCAAGCUUUGUCCUAUUGGCUUCUUUGUUCUUAUCUUGUUAUUUAACCUAUUUUGAAUUUCAAAUAACAUUAGAAGGGCAGUAUUGAGAUUUUUAUGCUUGGAGGUGGCAGCAAUGGUUUUAAAAAAGGAAGAAGGCUGAGCCGCAGACAUAGGUGUUCUUAAGGAUCAUUAUUGACUUUUAUCAGCUGAGGUCCCAGGUCUGUGUAGGUCUCCACCCCUGGGCAGGAGAGUUGCCGACCACCUCGGGGGUGCUUUCUCUACGCUUGAACAUCUAUAGCUGCUUCUGAGGGGCUGGGAGCCGGGCCCCUGGGAGAGACGAGCCAUGAACCCCCCACAGCCUCAGCAUUUGGGGACCUCACCUUAGGAGAGUGCCAUUUACAGCUUCCGCCAGGGCAAAGGAGCUGAGCAGCCAUCCCAAGCCCAGCCCACCUCCCUCCCCCAGCCCCUGGUAGGCAUGGACUAGGAGCUGUGAGCAGCCAGAGCUGAUGCCCGGCCCCCAGGGGGGCAGAGGGGCCCCCACCAUGAGCCUGGGCAAGCUCUCGCCUGUGGGCUGGGUGUCCAGUUCACAGGGAAAGAGGCGGCUGACUGCAGACAUGAUCAGCCACCCACUCGGGGACUUCCGCCACACCAUGCAUGUGGGCCGCGGCGGGGAUGUCUUCGGGGACACGUCCUUCCUCAGCAACCACGGUGGCAGCUCCGGGAGCACCCAUCGCUCACCCCGCAGCUUCCUGGCCAAGAAGCUGCAGCUGGUGCGGAGAGUGGGGGCGCCCCCCCGGAGGAUGGCAUCUCCCCCUGCACCCUCCCCGGCUCCACCGGCCAUCUCCCCCAUCAUCAAGAACGCCAUCUCCCUGCCCCAGCUCAACCAGGCCGCCUACGACAGCCUCGUGGUUGGCAAGCUCAGCUUCGACAGCAGCCCCACCAGCUCCACGGACGGCCACUCCAGCUACGGCCUGGACUCUGGGUUCUGCACCAUCUCCCGCCUGCCCCGCUCGGAAAAGCCGCAUGACCGAGACCGGGAUGGUUCCUUCCCCUCUGAGCCCGCGCUUCGCCGCUCUGACUCUCUCUUGUCCUUCCGCCUGGACCUCGACCUUGGGCCCUCGCUCCUCACCGAGCUGCUAGGGGUCAUGAGCCUCCCAGAAGCCCCUGCAGCUGAGACUUCAGCCCCCGCUGCAAACCCCCCAGCCCCUACUGCAAACCCCACGGGUCCUGCUGCAAACCCCCCAGCCACUACUGCAAACCCCCCAGCACCUGCUGCAAACCCCUCAGCACCUGCCGCAACUCCCACGGGUCCUGCUGCAAAUCCCCCAGCCCCUGCCACAAGCUCCACACCCCAUGGACACUGUCCCAAUGGGGUAACAGCUGGGUUGGGCCCAGUGGCUGAGGUGAAGGCCAGCCCAGUGGGAGGGGGUCCCCGAGGACCUGCUGGCCCUGCCCUCGGCAGGCACUGGGGAGCAGGCUGGGAUGGCGGCCGCCACUACUACCCAGAGAUGGAUGCGCGGCAGGAGCGGGUGGAGGUGCUGCCCCAAGCCCGGGCCUCCUGCGAGAGCCUGGACGAAGAGUGGAGGGCGCCCCAGGUAGGCAGCAGGACCCCAGUGCCCAGCACAGUGCAAGCAAACACCUUUGAAUUUGCAGAUGCUGAGGAGGAUGAUGAGGUCAAGGUGUGAGGGGCUGAGGCACGGUCCCAGGGCCCCACCUAGGUGCAGAGCCGGCCCCUCACCUAACAGCUGGUUCCUACCAGACCAGAGAGGGGAGAAGUCGUGUUGCCCCUAAACCCCUCCCCACCUCUGCAGGACAGACAUGGGAGGGAGGACAGGGAAGGCCAGGCUUACUCUGGGACUUUUAUGCUCCCAGAGGCCCUGCCAAACUGACCACCUCCCCCCACUGCCACUCUGGACCUAAUAGCUGUUCCUUAGGCCCCACUCCAUGCCACCCCCACCAGCUGGAGGACCCAGCCUCACAGUGUGUCCUUUGUGCCAGACCAAGCGGCCCGUGGGGGGUGGGGGGCAGGGAGUGUACCACACAGGGCCAUUGUCUCGCCUCCCAAAGGGACCGCCUGCCCCCGGCUCAUCCCAGAGCGUCCCUGCUGCAACCCUGACAGCCGUCUCCCAGGCCGCUUCCCCAACAUCCCCGCCCCAGCCUCCCUCUUAACCCAGAAAGGUCAGGUAUGACCUCCCGGGGAGGAAUCCCACCUGCCUGUGUACCCCAGACUUGCCUCUGGGGCCUGAUUAAAUAAGGCUGUUUUGAUAAAA